ACAGAAGAAGAAGAUAAACACGCAUCCGGUGCGGCAAGGAGAGAAAAAAAAGAUGUCGGUGCCCUCACGAAUGUCAUGUUGUUGACUGUUUCCAGAUAAUUGUGUUUGUGUUUAAACGCUAAUACAUGCACGCUAAGCUUAUAUUGAGUUAUAUUACAGGCGUAUCUACAUGAAAUUAGCUUAUUUGUAAAGAGUACCUGUCCGUCAUGGUCCAUUUAUCUUCUUUCCUGCUCAAAAAAUAUCAUGGGGGACAUGUGGUCAUCAGGCUGGCACUAGGAGGUGCCACUAACAGACCCUUUUACCGCAUUGUGGCUGCUUAUAAUAAACGGGCAAGAGACAGCAAAUAUAUUGAGCAGCUGGGCUCAUAUGACCCUCUCCCAAACAUACAAAAUGAAAAACUUGUCGCCUUCAAUUACGAAAGAAUCAAGUACUGGAUUGCAUGUGGGGCUCAUACCACAAAACCAGUGGCCAAACUUCUAGGAUUGGCUGGAUUUUUCCCACUGCAUCCAAUGACGAUAACAGAAGCGGAGCGGAGACAGAAAGCAGCUUCGACCGAAGAAUUUAAAACAGACAGUCAAGAAAAAGUGGAGGAGGCAGCACUGUAAAUCCAAAAUAAAGUUCUACGCAUCUCAUUAGUGAUAAUGCGACAUUGUACUUUUGUAUUACACUGUGAUAUGUUUUUGGUUAUAUUAUAAGCACUGUACUGAUGUAUCUUAACGCUACACACCAAUGUGCUUGUAUUAAAUAAUUCUAAUAUUUAUCAGAGGGCUCAAACUCUUUCUGAGGUUAGCUGUGAAAUAUGCAGGUAAUAAAUAUGAGCCAUGCAAAUGCUUUAUAGAUGUUCAGAAGUCA